CAGAUCAUGAGCAGCAACUCGGCCCCCACCGCAGCUGGGCAGCUCUGCUAUGAGCACCUGAACGGAUCCUGUGUGAAAACCCCCUACUCACCAGCAUCCCGGGUGAUUCUGUACGCGGUGUACGGCUUUGGGGCUGUCCUGGCCGUGUUUGGAAACCUCCUGGUGAUGACUGCCAUCCUGCAUUUCAAGCAGCUGCACUCACCAACCAAUUUUCUCAUCGCCUCUCUGGCCUGUGCAGACUUCCUGGUGGGAGUGACUGUGAUGCCCUUCAGCAUGGUCAGGUCCGUGGAGAGCUGCUGGUACUUCGGGCGAACUUUCUGCACUUUUCACACGUGCUUUGACACAGCAUUUUGUUACUCUUCUCUCUUCCACCUGUCCUUCAUCUCCAUCGACAGGUACAUUGCUGUGACUGACCCCCUGGUCUAUCCCACCAAGUUCACGGUGUCUGUGUCAGGGGUCUGCAUCAGCAUCUCCUGGAUCCUGCCCAUCACUUACAGCGGUGCCGUGUUCUACACGGGUGCCCAUGAGAAUGGGCUGGAGGAAUUGUCUAGGGCCCUCAACUGUGUAGGAGGCUGUCAGACAGUUAUAAAUCAAAACUGGGUGUUGGUACAUUUUCUAUCCUUCUUUACACCUAUCUUUGUGAUGCUAAUUCUCUAUUGUAAUAUUUUCCUUGUGGCCAGACAACAGGCUAAAAAGAUUGAAAAUACUGGUAGCAAAACAGAGUCAUCAUCAGACAGUUACAAAUCCAGAGUGGCCAAGAGAGAGAGAAAAGCAGCUAAAACCCUGGGUAUCAUGGUCAUGGCAUUCAUGAUUUCGUGGUUACCAUAUAGUAUUGACUCAUUAAUCGAUGCCUUUAUGGGCUUCAUAACCCCGGCCUAUAUUUAUGAGAUUUGCUGUUGGUGUGCUUAUUACAACUCAGCCAUGAACCCCUUGAUCUAUGCUUUAUUUUACCCUUGGUUUAGGAAAGCCAUCAAAGUCAUUGUGAGUGGUGGGGUUUUCAAGAACGGUUCUGCAAGCCUGAAUUUGUUCUCUGAACAAAUGUAA